AUGAGCAGCGGCGAAGGAAAGGUGGUGUGUGUGACAGGUGGUUCUGGUUUCAUCGCUUCGUGGAUCGUCAAAUUUCUUCUCGAACGUGGUUACACAGUCCGGACCACAGUUCGUAACCCUAGUAAUCCGAAAAAGGUGUCACACUUGGCUAACCUUGAGGGCGCAAAAGAGAGGCUGCAUCUGUUUAAGGCAGAUUUGUUGGAAGAAGGUUCCUUCGACUCCGCUGUGGAAGGCUGCGAAGGUGUUUUUCACACUGCUUCACCUGUUCGUUUCGUAGUCAAAGAUCCACAGGCUGACUUGAUUGAUCCAGCUGUGAAGGGAACUCUUAAUGUUCUCAAAUCAUGUGCAAAAUCACCAUCUGUGAAGCGGGUUGUGUUCACUUCUUCUACUGCUGCAGUGGUAUAUAGUGGAAAACCUAAAACUCCUGAAGUACUGGUUGAUGAGACAUGGUUUUCAAGUGCUGAUAUCUGUCGGGAAUUAAAGAUGUGGUACCAUCUUUCAAAGACUUUGGCUGAGAAUGCUGCCUGGAAUUUUGUAAAUGAAAACAACAUCGACAUGAUUACUAUUAACCCAGGAAUGGUGGCAGGAAAAUUGUUACAACCAGAGAUUAAUGAAAGCGUUGAGUAUAUUUUAAACGUAAUAAAUGGUAAACCAAUUCCAAAUCAAGCUUUUGGAUGGGUCGAUGUGAAAGAUGUUGCCAAGGCUCAUAUUCUGGCAUAUGAGAAUGCUUCAGCUAGUGGAAGAUACUGUUUGACUGAGAGAGUCAUACACGCAUCUGAACUUGCAAGGAUUUUACGUGAUCUGUACCCCACAUUCCAUAUUCCAGACAAGUGUGAGGGGGAUGCGCCAUAUGUGUCAACAUACCAGAUCUCCAAAGAAAAAGCAAAGAGCUUGGGAAUAGAGUUUACUCCUUUGGAACUGAGUGUCAGGGAGACCGUGGAACACUUAAGGGAAAAGAAUAUUGUCAACUUUUAA